CUUCAGCCUGCCGCACUUACAGUCUGGACUUACACUGGUAGAUUUUCACACAGUGGGACGACCAUGGCGGGAGUUGAAUAGGGGGUGUUGACCACUUUCCGCAUUUCUUCUUCAGCGGUUUAGGCAUCAUACCUCUGCGGUCAAAGGACACUGUUUAAAUACCGACUGGGCUUUUAGAUAGGAGAAAGAGAGGAGAAGCCAAGUAAUUUAAAAGCAGAAUGGCGGACCGUGAUACAUUACCGCUUCCUCUGGAGGUGAGAGCCAGACUUGCUGAGCUGGAACUGGAGUUAUCAGAGGGUGACAUCACACAGAAAGGCUAUGAAAAGAAGCGGUCCAAAUUAAUCGGAGCUUACCUUCCCAAGCCACCAGGGAUGGAGCCCUCCAUGGGCCAGGAGAGAAGGACCCCCGUCACCCCCUCCUCCUCCUCCCGCUACCACCGCCGACGCUCCUCUGGCUCCCGGGACGAACGCUACCGAUCAGAUGUCCACACAGAGGCCGUCCAGGCGGCCCUGGCCAAGCACAAGGAGCGUAAGAUGGCAGUGCCCAUGCCCUCCAAACGCCGCUCGCUGGUCGUGCAGACCUCCAUGGAAGCCUACACUCCCCCAGGUGAGGAACAUGUUCGCAGACAAGACACUUCGUCGGGCUCCGAGGGCGAGGGCUCGGGCCCGGCCAACGGCACCCCCACCUCCAGCCAGGAGGGCAGCAUCAACAUGGAGCACUGGAUCAGCCGGGCCAUCCACGGCUCCACCACCUCCUCCACCACCUCCUCCUCCUCCACACACAGCGGGGGCAGCGGGGCUGCCAGCCGGCUGGCCGACGUCAUGGCCCACGCUCACCUCUCCAAGUCAGGCCCCAUUGCUCACCUCUCUCUGAAGAGGAGAGCUAAGCCAGGGCCAAAGGUAGAGAAUGGCAGCUCAGGAGGGCCGCGGCGCUCCUGUGAGUUUGGAGCGGAGCACGGCUGGCAGCGCGCUGCGUCAGAUGAGAACCACUCUGCCCCCCCAGAUGUGACCGGCUACACCAACACCACAGACUCCAUCCUGAUGGAGAGACCCCAGGUUUCCUCCAACACGGUCCCCAACCGCCCCGUGCCCAAGUACGGCAACGCAGAGCUCAUGGAGACUGGAGACGGUGUCCCAGUCAGUAGCAGAGUAUCCGCCAAGAUCCAGCAGCUAGUCAACACCCUGAAGAGACCCAAACGGCCUCCUUUAAGAGAAUUCUUCGUUGAUGACUUUGAAGAACUUUUAGAGGUCCAGCAACCAGACCCCAACCUGCCCAAGCCAGAGGGGGCUCAGAUGAUCUCCAUGAGGGGGGAGCAGUUGGGGGUGGUCACCAACUGGCCCCCGUCGCUAGAGGCCGCCCUGCAGAGGUGGGGCACCAUCUCUCCCAAAGCCCCCUGUCUCACCACUAUGGACACCAAUGGAAAGCCUCUCUACAUCCUCACCUACGGUAAACUGUGGUCCAGGAGCAUGAAGGUGGCCUACAACAUCCUCCACAAACUGGGCUCCAAGCAGGAGCCUAUGCUCAGACCUGGAGACAGGGUGGCCUUGGUCUUUCCCAAUAACGACCCUGCUGCCUUCAUGGUUGCCUUCUACGGCUGUCUCCUGGCCGAAGUUGUCCCUGUGCCAAUCGAAGUGCCGCUCACCAGAAAGGACGCAGGAAGUCAGCAGAUUGGCUUCCUGCUGGGCAGCUGUGGUGUUACUGUGGCGCUGACCAGUGACGCCUGUCACAAAGGCCUCCCUAAAGGCCCCACCGGGGAGAUCCCCCAGUUCAAAGGCUGGCCCAAGCUGCUGUGGUUUGUAACAGAGUCCAAACACUUAUCCAAGCCUCCCAGAGACUGGUUCCCUCAUAUCAAAGAUGCAAACAACGACACAGCCUACAUCGAGUAUAAGACGUGCAAGGACGGAAGUGUGCUGGGAGUCACGGUGAUGAGGAUAGCCCUACUCACACACUGUCAGGCCCUCACCCAGUCCUGUGGAUAUACUGAAGCUGAGACCAUAGUGAAUGUAUUAGACUUCAAGAAGGACGUGGGUUUGUGGCACGGCAUUCUGACGAGUGUGAUGAACAUGAUGCAUGUCAUCAGCAUACCGUACUCCCUGAUGAAGGUCAACCCUCUCUCCUGGAUCCAGAAAGUGUGCCAGUACAAAGCCAAGGUGGCGUGCGUCAAGUCCAGGGACAUGCACUGGGCCUUGGUGGCUCACAGAGACCAGAGGGACAUCAGCCUGUGCUCCCUGCGCAUGCUGGUGGUGGCCGACGGCUCCAAUCCCUGGUCGAUCUCGUCGUGCGACGCCUUCCUCAACGUCUUCCAGAGCAAGGGCCUGAAGCCAGAGGUCAUCUGUCCCUGCGCCAGCUCCCCAGAGGCGCUCACUGUGGCCAUCAGGAGGCCGACAGAUGACAGUAACCAGCCCCCAGGAAGAGGAGUGCUGUCCAUGCAGGGUCUGAGUCACGGCGUCAUCAGGGUCGACUCGGAGGAGAAGCUUUCCGUUCUGACGGUGCAGGAUGUGGGCACAGUCAUGCCAGGAGCUCUCAUGUGUGUAGUGAGACCAGAAGGGGUCCCACAGUUAUGCAGAACUGAUGAGAUCGGGGAGAUGUGUGUGUGUUCCAUCGCCACGGGAACAUCCUACUAUGGCCUCUCAGGCAUGACUAAGAACACUUUUGAGGUCUUCCCCAUGAACAGUAACGGGGCUCCCAUCAGUGAGUACCCCUUCACCAGGACAGGCCUGCUGGGCUUUGUGGGCCCCGGGGGGCUGGCCUUCAUCGCUGGGAAGAUGGACGGCCUGAUGGUGGUGGGGGGGCGCAGACACAACGCCGACGACAUCGUGGCCACCGCCCUCGCCGUGGAGCCCAUGAAGUUUGUCUACAGGGGAAGGAUAGCGGUGUUCUCCAUCUCCGUGCUACACGAUGAGAGGAUAGUGGUGGUGGCCGAGCAGAGGCCCGACUCCACUGAAGAGGACAGUUUCCAGUGGAUGAGCAGAGUACUGCAGGCCAUAGAUGGCAUUCACCAGGUGGGGGUCUACUGCCUGGCGCUGGUGCCGUCCAACACCUUGCCCAAGACUCCUCUGGGGGGUAUCCACCUGUCCGAGACCAAGCAGCUCUUCCUGGAGGGCUCGCUGCACCCCUGUAACGUCCUCAUGUGCCCCCACACCUGCGUCACCAACCUGCCCAAACCGCGGCAGAAACAGCCAGAGAUUGGACCCGCCUCUGUGAUGGUGGGGAACCUGGUCUCAGGGAAGCGUAUAGCCCAGGCCAGCGGCCGGGACCUGGCUCAGAUAGAAGACAAUGACCAGGCAAGGAAGUUCCUCUUCCUCUCCGAAGUCUUACAAUGGAGAGCACAGACCACUCCAGAGCAUGUGCUUUACACACUGCUAAACUCAAGGGGGACGAUAGCCAGUUCGCUGACAUGCGUCCAGUUGCACAAGAGAGCAGAGAAGAUAGCUGCCAUGCUGGCUGAGCGAGGACACCUGCAGGACGGAGAUCACGUUGCACUUGUCUACCCUCCUGGGAUCGACCUGAUCGCGGCGUUCUACGGGUGUCUGUACGCAGGCUGUGUGCCGAUCACGGUGCGCCCUCCACACCCACAGAACAUCGCCACCACUCUGCCCACGGUGAAGAUGAUCGUGGAGGUGAGCCGCUCGGCAUGUGUGAUGACCUCCCAGGUGAUCUGCAAACUGCUGAGGUCCAAGGAGGCGUCAGCCGCAGUGGAUGUGCGGUCCUGGCCUCCGGUCCUCGACACAGAUGAUUUGCCAAAGAAGAAGCCCCCUCUGUUGUACAAGCCCUCUAACCCAGACACCCUGGCCUACCUGGACUUCAGUGUGUCCACGACAGGGAUGCUCGCUGGAGUAAAGAUGUCCCACACUGCUACUAGUGCCUUCUGCCGUUCUAUCAAGCUGCAGUGUGAGCUGUACCCCUCCCGCGAGGUGGCCAUCUGCCUGGACCCCUACUGUGGUCUAGGCUUCGUCCUCUGGUGCCUUUGCAGUGUGUACUCUGGCCACCAGUCCAUCCUGAUCCCUCCAUCAGAGCUGGAGGUGAAUCCUGCCUUGUGGCUGCUGGCUGUCAGCCAGUACAAGGUCAGGGACACCUUCUGCUCCUACUCUGUCAUGGAGCUCUGCACCAAGGGCCUGGGCCUCCAGACCGAGUCCCUCAAGUCGCGAGGCCUGGACCUGUCGCGGGUGAGGACGUGCGUUGUGGUGGCAGAGGAACGACCCAGGAUAGCGCUCACCCAGUCCUUCUCCAAGCUCUUUAAAGACCUGGGCCUGCACCCCAGAGCUGUCAGCACAUCCUUCGGCUGCCGAGUCAACCUGGCCAUCUGCCUGCAGCCUCACAGGCUGGGGAAGCUUGCUGACCAGGGUACCUCAGGACCUGACCCCACGACCGUGUUUGUUGACAUGAGGGCACUACGGCACGACAGGGUUCGACUGGUAGAGAGAGGGUCACCACACAGUUUACCUCUGAUGGAAUCUGGGAAGAUUCUACCUGGGGUUCGAAUCAUCAUUGCCAACCCGGAGACCAAGGGACCACUGGGGGACUCGCAUCUAGGGGAGAUCUGGGUGCACAGUGGCCACAACGCCAGCGGCUACUUCACCGUGUACGGCGACGAGGCCCUGCAGUCGGACCACUUCAACUCCCGCCUGAGCUUCGGAGACACGCAUUCCCUCUGGGCCCGCACUGGCUACCUGGGCUUCCUCAGGAGGACGGAGCUGACCGAUGCCAGCGGAGAGAGGCACGACGCCCUGUACGUGGUGGGGGCGCUGGACGAGGCCAUGGAGCUGAGAGGGAUGAGGUACCACCCCAUCGACAUCGAGACCUCCGUCAUCAGGACGCACAAGAGCAUCACAGAAUGCGCUGUGUUCACAUGGACCAACCUGCUGGUUGUGGUGGUGGAGCUGGACGGCUCGGAGCAGGAGGCCCUGGACUUGGUGCCCCUGGUCACCAACGUGGUCCUGGAGGAGCAUUACCUCAUCGUUGGGGUGGUGGUGGUGGUCGACAUUGGCGUUAUCCCCAUCAACUCCCGUGGAGAGAAACAGAGGAUGCACCUACGGGACGGAUUCUUGGCCGACCAGCUGGACCCUAUAUACGUGGCCUAUAACAUGUAGCCCGGCCUUAGACAAUGUCUUGAAGUACUUGGCUUGGUGUACAUACAUACUGCAAUGCAAAGGAACCCUGGUCUGGUUAAAGAUUCAGAUAUAAGAUGAAGGACUGCUGGUGUGAAGUGGACUGUUAAAGUCUAAUUUGAAUGACAACACCACCAAGAACUAGCAAGACCGAGAGACUGUGUAGUGUUGUAUGAGAUUCGGAUGGAAUUUUAUAAAUGGGGUUGUGGAGAAUCCAAGUCCAGUGCAAAUUCUUGUUUAUUGCUUUCAAAGUAAGUGUGGCUACAUAUAUAUUUUCAUGUUACGUUUUGCGAAAGUCUAACAUUUUUUUAUAUGCCCUCUAAGAGGUUGGGGUAUUUUGAAAAUAUUUACAAACUGUGGCAAAUGGUAUUUUACGUUUACCUUUUUUAUGAUACAAAUCGUGGCUGAGUACUGGCCUGUUUUUUAUAUAACAUUUGUCCAUAAAUUAGGAUGAGGUACAAUAUGUUGCUUUCUGUUUGCUUUUUAAUUUGUACAAUUGUUACGUUUAAAUUCUGUGCUAACAUUUCCUUUUUGAUCAUGUUUUUCCCAUCUCCAAGGGAGUUAGUUCGCCAUCAACCUUUAAUUCUGUUACGUUAAUAUCAUUAUACUGAAAGAAAACAGUACAUGAUUUCACAACAUGUAAGUAUGUACAAAAACUGAUUUAAUUUAUUUUGUUCUCUAUAGAAGUAAAAGAGUGAAGACAUUUAAGAAUGUUUUACUCUUGAAUAUUUGCUAAUAUAAAAAACUAAGCAUUGUAUUAUCUUAUCUUGAGUGAGUAGUAUCACAUCAAGUAUAUGAAAUAUGAAUAUAUAAAUAUAGAUCUAUAUUAAAGAAGACAUUCACCAAUGAAAACUUUUGAAAUGCAGUACUUUUCACUUGCAUGGUGUUUGGUGUUGUAGACAAAAGUUAUUGCGCUGUUUGAAUGAGAUGGACAUAAACAGUCCUAUGUGCACAAAGUUCAUCCAUCAUCUUCAAAGGAUAAAAAGCAAAUGUGUGUAUGUUCGUACACUUCUGGUGUGAAUGAUGAAUACUGUAUGGAAAUGUCCUAGGGUGUGUAUCACUAGUUUUUGGAAAUAGCAGGUUGGAAAUGGUCACCAGAAUUGUAAAUAUAAAGUUGUCCUCAAUAUUUUUACAUUGAAAAAGUAAUCAGGGCUCAUAUACUGAUGUCACAGGAAAACGACCGAAAAGGAACAAAAAAAUAAACCACCCUUUAAAAGAAUAAACAAACUGUCACAAGGCUUGGUGAGAACUUAAAUCUGUGGGAAUCAAGAGGAGGUUUUAUUUCAUGAUUAAAUAUGUUGCAAAUUCAAAAUGUUAGCAUUAUUAAAAGCACUUUCUACAGUUUUUUUUUUUAUUGGCAAAUUAUCCUUAUUUUAAUAAUGUAAUCUGAGUUGACAUCAGUCUUUCAAAUAAAUAUUUCAAUGAUUUUUAAUAUAAAAAGGCUUGUUUUGUUUUUGCAGGUGGGUAGAACUAGGUAGAAAUCCUCAAUAUGUAAACAGGGGGUCAGAUGGCUGAGCGGUUAGGGAAUCGGGAUAUUAAUCAGAAGGUUGCUGGUUUGAUUCCUGGCCAUGCAAAUUACGUUGUGUCCUUGGGCAAGGCACUUCACCCUACUUGCCUCGGGGGAAUGUCCCUGUACUUACUGUAAGUCGCUCUGGAUAAGAGUGCCUGUUAAAUGACAAAAUGUAAACUGUUUUUGAGGAUUCAUCUUUUGUAUCAGGCCUGUGCACAAUUUACUGGCAUGACAUUUGUUAGAAAAUUUGGUUGUAUCAUUUAUUGUAAAAUAUAAAGGAUUAUUUAAAAGUAAAGCAUUUUAUACAAGCAUAACAUAAUGUAGUCAUGUGUCAGCCUCAAGGUGUGUGUAAAUAAGUACUGAGAUGAUGUCAGUAUUGCACAUUUGCUGACAUUGUGUCAUGCAUUUUACAGAAUUGUCUCAGAAACAUUGUAUCUUGUUAAUGUGUGUAAUUAUUGGAAGACAUGGUCACUUGCAUUAAAGAGGGAUGGAUAUGAGUAACUUGAAAAAUAAAAUCUGGACACAGAAUUAUCCAAUGAAUCUACCCACAAGAAAAUCAA